AUGGCCAUUCAGGAAUACAAAUUCUUAACUCCGGAACAACGUACCCACUUUCUUGAACACGGAUGGAUUCGCAUCCCUAAAGCCGUGCCUGACGAUAUCAUUCGUCAGUUUACCGAGAAUGUCUGGGUGAGACUAGGCUACGACCCCAAUAACAAAUCGACGUGGACGAAGGAGAAGAUACACAUGCCCAGGCAUCGCGAGAUCCCGACCCCGGAUUUUAUGCCAAAGGCUUGGGGCGCGAUGUGCGAACUGCUUGGGGGGGAGGAUCGCAUUGAUACCACUCUAUUCGAAAGUUGUGGCGACAGCUUGAUUGUCAACCUAGGCUCCGAAGAAUGGCGUGGGAUCGCUCCGAAGGAUCUGGGCAAUUGGCAUAUUGAUGGAGACUGGUUCAGACACUUCCUCGACUCCGGAGAUCAGGGGCUGCAGGUUCUCGUGCUGUACAAUGAAAUCAAGCCUCAGGCUGGGGGAACAUACAUUGCACCGGAUGGCAUCAAGAACGUCGUGCAAUGGCUGUAUGAACAUCCGGAGGGAGUCGACACGCUCCCUCAAGACCCUGAUGGAAGUCGUUCUAUAUGCUCGAUCCAGUCAUGCAGCGACUUUGUCGAGUUGACAGGAGAAGCUGGCGAUGUGAUUCUCAUUCAUCCUCUUAUGCCUCACUCUGCAUCAAAGAAUCACCUGCGGAUUCCGCGCUUCAUCACCAAUCCACCUGUUACCCUGAAAGGGCCGCUCAACUUGAACCGCGCCAAUCUGGCGGACUACUCUCUCGUUGAGCUCAAGAUUUUGCAGACACUUGGCACCUCUUCUCUUCCGGACUGGAAGAUCGAGAGAGAGCGCAUCAGGUUCACUCCUCGUACUCGUGCCGGCAAAGAUGCUAUGAUCCUAGAGGAAUUAGAGAGAAUGAAAGCGCAUGCGCUGAAGACUGGAGGAACAGUUGAUAGUAUGCACAUGAAUGGCCCUGUGGCUUACCAGGUAGUGGUCCGGUGA